AUGCCGCAUGACCUAGCUUCUCGACACUUUGACCUUUCGGCACACGACGCAUCAGCAUCUACCUCCCAGCUCGACUCGUUUGACAGCUUUCUCCCAAACAUCCCCUCUCCCGAGGGCGAGCGCCGCUCAUCCAACUCGCUCAGUCUCGACUUGUCACCGCCGCCCCCCACCUCGCCGCCUAUCACCGUGAUGGGCAGCGGCCCCAACAAUGUUGACGCAGACCGGAGCACCACAACGCCACCCGCUUCUCCCCCACCAUUGCAAAGCACCCCCGCACCCGUUGUUGCACUUCUCGAAGAGUCCCUCGCUUCAGAGACACAAACACCACCACGUAGCGUGACCCCUCGAUGGCCACUGUCGUUGGGCAGGGGCCCGACGGGCACCACCACUGCAUCGUCUGCGACAGCCGCGGCCAAUGCAUCCAAGGAGCACAUUAGCGACGACAGCAUGGCCGACAUGGAGGAGGUCGAACUAGACGACAGCCUCGCCACUGUUCAGAAGGAAACGCCGGGCAAGUAUGGCAUGCUCCUGUCAUCAUCACGACCCGGUGGACUCCUUGGGCGCCCACUGCUGCGCGCAGAGUUGAAUGGUUCCGAGGGGCCCGUUGCGCCGUCGACUCCGAUCCAGAGCAGACUCCUCCACUCGUUCAGCACACCUGCCGGUACCCACCUUGUUCCCCAAACACCACGCAGCAUUCUCCGCCCAGGAAACACUCCUGCAACAGGCAACUCUGUCAUCGAGAGGCUCCCAGACUUUGUGGACGAGCCAUCGCACCAUUCAUUUGAACAAUUGGGCGACGAAGGAAUCACAGAUCUCGGCGAUGAGCCAUUGAUUAAGGAAGAGGUGCCCAUGAUCGAGCCAGCAAGCAGUGACGAGGACGAAGACUCGCUCGAGUUUGAGCCCACCCACAAGCCACACAACUCUUCAUUUGAAGAGGCCGACAUCAACAGUUUCGACGAUGAGGUGACGCAGAAUACGCUCACUAACUCGCAAACAUUCCACGACCUCGGCUUCAACCAGUUCGAGCCCGGGACGGAGAUCAUCGUCACUCCAGAGGACCACACGGGCGAGGGCGAUUGA